CUACUGCCGUGCAUGCUCAUGUUUUUAGAGAAUACUCGUGACAACAACCCCACCUUGUCAUCCAUACAGUUCCGCUCUGACCGCUGGAGCGCUGCUGUCGCAACCUCUGAUUUCUCACCCGUUUUAGUUGCUUCGUCGAACAGCACGCUUUCAUUACGCUGGAUGGAGUUUGUGAGCUAGUCAAUGUGUGAAUGUUCGCGCACUGCUAAUAUAGCGUCACAGCGUGAUCAAUUUUAGUUCUGUGAUUUUAAAAUUUUAAGUUACUGAAUCGUGUAUUCAGCGAAAGUAAAGAAGCUAAUGGUCAAAAUGGAAACUGUUGGUGCAAUUUGCAAUAAACCACUGGAGAAACUCAAAAGAUGCGAGGAGUUAAGUGAAAAAAAUGACUCUAAAGUUCAGAAACGAUUGUCUUGGGACGGCACGUUUGAAUCUAAGAAUGAAUUUCCGCCGGAAGGGGUGGUUGGAAGUGAUGACAUAGAGUUUGAACCAAUUUCAAACAUCGAGGAAGUCUUCAGAGAUCCCAGCACAUUUGACUUCUUGUCGCAAAUUGGAAGUUCUAAUCCUCUACGAGAUUUAAGGAAGGAAUCCUUGUACGUGAAAUUCGAUCCUUGUCUUCAGUCCCCAAAAGAGGAAAACUCAUCGCAAAUAGAUUCAAAACUUUCAAAACGAAGUGUCACCCACCGAGUAGAUUUGGUGGCUAGCUCUUCUGAUCGACACACCAGUCCUUUAAACCGAAACAAUGAAUUUCGUUUACCCGAUUUGUGUCUUGUUGAACCACUUAAAACAUGCGGACUCGAGGAGAAAGCUGAUGAAUGUUCCAUCUCGAACAUUUCGGCAACACAAUCUUCGGAAAAUAUUACUCUCAUCGAUGUAGAAACUCCUGAUAAGUCUAUGGCACAUCAGUAUGCUCAGCAAGCAAACACACCAAACAGCUCUUCAAACCAGUAUGCUCUUCAAACGAGCGUGUCCGAAAAGAAAUUGGACGAAUGUUCCUUUUCAAACAUUUCCGAAAUUGAAUGUUCGGGAAAUAACCUUCUCGUUGAUAUUGAACCUUGUGACACAUCUAUUGAAAAAAUAUCGUCAUUGAAACGGGAGUUAUGCGAUCUUCGAGCUCUGUUGGUGGAAAGGGAGCUUGCACAUCGUGCGACAAAAAAGAACCUUCAAAUGGUAGUACAAAAAUGCUUACAGCAGAAGAUGAUACAGGAUACAUCUUUACGAAAUGGACAGAAUGAUCUCAAUCGAGCAAUAAUCGCUGAAUAUGAAGAAAACAUAAAUUCAAUAAAGCUGGAAAUGACCACAGCUUUGAUAAUGUUUCAACAAAAGAAAAAGAACAUAGAAGGAGAAAAAAGCAGAAUGAUGGAGCAUAAAAUUAUGACAGACAAGGCUCAUGACGAUCUAAGUGUCAAACUCUGUAACACGGAAAAAUCGAUUAUUUCAUUAUCUCAAGAAAUAGAAGAACAAGCAGGCGAAAUAACUCGCAUUAAAUUAUUGAACGAUGCAGUAACUGAUAAAAUGACAAAAGAUGGAUGGGAAUACGCUCAUAUUGUAGAGAGUGCAUUUAAAGAUGUUGAGUUUCAAAGACAGAAAUACAAGAAAGAUCUUGGGUUACUGGACACUCGGGUCAAGACCCUGAAAGUGAAAGAAAAUUCAUUAAAUCUCCGCUUCCGACAAUUGACUGCGGAAAAUGAAUAUCUUACCAAAAUGCUGGAUGAAGCCACCAAGGAGGAGAAAUGAUACUUUGCUAUUCUUGAUAUUAUUUUCGUAAAUCUGAAAUUUGAAUAUUUGUAACUUAUCUAUACCAAAAUAUAAAACCGAAUUAAAUUUAAAUUUUAAUAUAUU